AUCCAUGUGUUUUGGGUGAGGAUGCAAGCCACGAGGAAGAAAGUGCUUGCAUCAUGCGAAUACUAACAGUAAAUUCAAUGUGUAGACGUGUAGCGCGGAGGCAGUAGAUUUGUCUGGCAGUUUUUACUGAAAUUAAAACUAUUAAAGCUUGCACGUAACUGCGUCUUGCCUCGUGGUCGUGCUAGUGUUGCGGCAUAAUAAUCAAUAUGGCGGCACAAGUGGCUGCUAAUUCCAAUGACUGCUCACAGGCUCGUGAGAGUGCUGGCGCAUCAUAUGCGCAUGCGGUGCUUAAUUUCAAAUCUGCGGACAGUAAUAAAGAAAAUAUAGGCGAGACUUCAGAUACAGUUACGAAAGAACACAACACGAAGGAAGUGCCGGCUGUGGGUAAAUACUGUUACCAGAAAUCGACUAAACAGCAGUCUCAUAUGACAGAUCACCAUGCUACCGGUGGUGAUGGAGAGUGUUGUAGCGUUGUUACUGCAAGUAAAGAAGGGCUCGAAAAUGUGAGUACUUCUGAUGUGAGUGGUAUCAGAAGCACUGACGCCGGAUGUAACGAAGAGACCACGGGCGAUAUACGAAACUCAGAAAAUGAAGGCGGUUGUAAUGAGGACGAAAAAGUUCCUGAGAAGAUAAAGUACGUCGAAGCUCCUCUUCCAAAGGUUAACCCCUGGACGGCAAACCGAAAUGCUGCAUCAGUGAUUACGGGAAAGUUAGAAAGCAAGUCGCAAAGUAUGCUCCAAUCAAAUUCGCCAACGGGGCGGAGAGUGUUGCAGCCGCAGCAACAAGAAAAUGCCAGUACACAAGCUCAGCCACCAUUUGUCAUGAAGAUGACACAGGACCGAAGAUGCACAAAUCAGCGUGAAGGCAGUUUCACUGAUGUGGAUGACUGGCCAACAUUGGGACGUUCAGAGAAGAAAGUUCAUACAAGUCCAGCCCAAAUGAUAAAGAACAUUGGCAGUGCAAAAGUAAACAAUCCACAACAGCAGAAUACACCCAGUGUAGAAAAUGGUAAUUGCUUGGCAACUGAUGACAAAAAAGUAGAGCGAAAGAAGCAGGAAUGUAAAAAGAUUGAGCAGAGGAAUUCAAGUCUGAAUGGUUCAAUGCCUGGAGCAGAAGAAAACCGGAGAUCAAACAGUGUACCAGCAGCUGCAAAAAAAAACCCUAAACAGAAGUGGGUGCCACUUGAUAUCGACAUGAAGGCUCCUGGCAAACGAGACCAUUCUCCAAAAUUUCGAGGUGCUUACUACAGAGAGCGGAGUGCCGAUUAUGGAUCAGAGAAUUUCGGCCAUCAUGAUAAUGAAAAUCACUGGCAUCAUUUCGAUGCAUCUGAGAGAGGAUAUCAGCCACAUUACAGAGGUGGUAGAGGAGCAGCACCAAGGUACCGGGGCCGUGGACUACGUGGAAAUAUAAGAGGAAUUGGCAGAGGAGCAGGUGGCUUCCGUCGGUCCCAGUCACAAGAGAUUGACUACCCAGAUUUUCCAACAGAGUAUUCCCAGGUUAACAAUUAUGGUAUGAAUGGUGAUGCAUCUGGUUUUAUGACACCAUAUAUGGGUACAUUUUAUUAUGGAAACAACAGUUACAUGCAUUUGGAUGACAUCACCUUGAAGGAGUAUAUCAGGAAACAAAUUGAAUACUACUUCAGUGAGGAAAAUCUGUUAAGAGACUUUUUUCUUCGGCGGAAGAUGGAUUCAGAUGGUUAUCUUCCAAUAAACUUAAUUGCUUCAUUCCAUCGUGUUCAGGCAUUGAGUACGGAUUUGAAAGCUGUCAUGGAUGCAAUAAGGGAUUCAGAAGUUUUGGAGAUAACUGAUUUUAAGGUACGGACAAAAGAGAAUCCAACUAAGUGGCCUAUUCAAGAUCCUACAGGUAGACAAGCAAUGGCAAUUGCUAGUAUGAAUGGUACAAUGAUGAUGCCACAUCAGUUACCGAGUAGCAUUCACCACUUCCCACCAGCAAGUUUCUCAGUACCUUGCAUGCCUCCGGCAGUUGCUAUGCGUGGUUAUAAGAGCUAUGCUGCUAGCAGGGUUGCUAAUGCAGGAACAGUAAUAACUUCACAGGGAAUGAAUAUGACAGCUACACCACCUGUCCAAAAUCCUGCCCAUUUAGUGGAUACCUUGAAUCCAGAUGUUCCAGAGUUUGUUCCAGAGAAUGUACGGCUUCAGGUAGAAAGUAGGGGACAAGCUGAUGGCCAAGAAGCAGAUUCAGACCUGGAAGGAGAAAAAUCUGACACAGAAGUAGCAGUAAAAUCAGAAGAUGACAAUAGUAGCUCUAACAAACAGCCUGAAGACAUUCCCAGCGAACGAAUGUGUGCAGAAGGCAAAUCCAGCACAAGUUCUCCUACAGAUCAGAUGUUGGAGAAAGGAAGUGUUGCACUUGCUGCAGAGCAAGCCAAGGUGGAUAAAAAUAAGACACCUAUACCGCUAGGGGAAGCAUCUCCCGAUGAUAUUUGGCGGCAGGUUAAAAGGAAGGUGAAACCACCCACAAAAGACAAAGCUGAGGAGAAAAAAAAUGAUGAAAAGAGAGAGAAAGAUCAGUUUAAAGAUCGUGAAGAUCUCAAUUUUCAAUUUGAUGAAGAACUGGACAAUCCAGUUCCAUCGGGAAGGCAUAACACAUUCACUGAUUGGUCUGAAGAUGAAUCUGACUACGAGUUAAGUGACCGAGAAAUAAACAAGAUCUUAAUUGUAACUCAGACGUCACAGCCAUCAAGAUACCCAAAGCACGAAGGUUAUGACCGCACAGGAGACUGGACCACAAGAGUCAAAAUAACUCAGGACCUAGCACAAGCAAUCAAUGAUGGUCUUCAUUAUUACGAAGAAGAUCUCUGGAGAGAACAUGAGUGGGUGCAGCAGACAGGUAGCUACAAGACAGUAAAUGUGAUUACUCGAGAAGAUUUUGAGAAAAUGGCUCCACGUCUUCCAAAGAAAUUGAAUCCAGAAGUUCCUCCUCCUCCACCUCCUUCACUGUCAACAGAAUCACAUGAUUUUGGAAAAGAAGAGGAAAUACCUCAUGCAUCAGAAGAGGUUGCAGAGACAAGGCCAGCUCCUACUGGAAGGCCUUCCAAAGAUCUUACUCAUCGUAGACGGGCAGCGCGCUUCUUCCCUGUGGUGAAAGAUGAGCACCUAGUUGAUCCACUAACACCAAGGAAGAGGAAAACAAGACAUGGUAGUAACCCUCCAGUUGAGCACCAUGUGGGAUGGAUCAUGGAUGUGAGAGAGCAUCGUCCCCGUACUACAUCCAUUGGAAGCAGUACAGGAACAAGCCCAAGUGAGGGUUUUCUUUCUGGUGGUACUCCUACUUCUUUGCCAGCCUUCCAACAUCCUUCACACUCACUCCUCAAGGAAAAUAAUUUCACCCAAGAAGUUUAUCACAAGUACCACUCAAGGUGCUUGAAAGAGAGGAACAGGUUAGGAAUUGGACAGUCACAAGAAAUGAACACAUUAUUCCGGUUUUGGUCAUUUUUCUUGCGGGAAAACUUCAAUCGCAACAUGUACAAGGAGUUCCGUUCAUUGGCUGUUGAGGAUGCUCAUGAAGGCUACAGAUAUGGAUUGGAGUGUCUCUUCAGGUACUAUAGUUAUGGCCUUGAAAAAAAAUUUAGACCAGAUGUAUAUCAAGACUUUCAAGAGGAAACGAUUGCAGACUAUGAAUCAGGGCAGUUAUAUGGUCUAGAAAAAUUUUGGGCCUUCCUGAAAUAUUACAAGCAUAGUGCAAAUUUGAUUGUUAACCCAAAAUUGAAAGAACAUCUUUCGAAGUUCAAGAGCAUUGAGGAUUUCAGAGUGGUUGAGCCUGCAGAUCCAAAAGAAUUUUUAGGAAGACUGCACAUGAUCAAACGUCGAAAUAGAAGUGUCUCAGAGAGUUAUAGUGUUGAGGUACGACAGCGGCAUCCAUUACAACAAAAACGAAUACGUCGAUUGUCUGGUGGGUCAGGACGUGUACGUGCAGACUCUCUGGGUCCUGUUGGUGCCAGUUCAAACACAUCAGGAAGCAGUAAUAAGGCACAUGUUUCCUUUGACUUUGGUGGUGGCAAGAAGGAAGUCCCUAUCAGGGUGGUGAAAGAAGACUGUAGCUCUCACUCAGAGGAGGCCUGAAAUCUUGAACUAUUGAUGAAGAAAUGACUGUAGUGUUUUCUCUGCAUUUAUUUCUUCAACCUCAAAAGUCACGGAGUGUGCUGCCCUUCAUAUUGCCAAACAUGAAUUUUUAAAUGACUAAAUAUUUAUAUGUUGAAAAGUGAGCACCUGCCAUUUGCUUAGUGGGUUGAUCUAAAAGCUCCGUGUCGCAAUGAAGCCAGAGGCAGCAUUUUUAGGAACAGGUUUUAUUCUUAAAGUCACUUGUGAGAUGUGCAAGACAGUCAUUUCAAAAACUGUUUUUGACAAAAUGUUCCCUUACUUUCCUGUGUUCAUGUUUUAUUGAUAGGGAAAAAAUGCUAUAUUUUCAGUCAGUGCCUUGCAGUUACCAAGAGAAGAAAAGUCACUUAGCCUUCAACUUGCCACAGAUUCUUAUCCCCGUUCUCUCCUCCCUUGUCAUUUCACCCUUACCCCCCCCCCCCCCCCCCCCCCCCUGCAAGUUCCACUAGCAUUACGAAGUCAAAAAUUGGGUAGGUUUUACAAGUGACAAUAGGCAUUUUUUAAAGAUAAGGUAGUUUUCCCCUUGUGUAUUAUAUACCUUUAAUCUAUUUACUGCAGUACUGAAUAAUUUUUAUAUAUUCAGUGCUUAUGAGCACUGUUUUACUAUCAUUUGUGUGAAACUGUACACUUUGUUAUUAGAAUUAGGAAAUAUUUUAUUGUUUCAAACUCGUUUGUCUUCCGAAAGUGAAAGAGCUGUGAGUGUUCUGUCAGUUGAUGCAUGCAUACUUCUAUGUCUGGUAUUGAACAGUGUUGUCUAGCACAAAAAAGUUGUACACUUUUAUGGAAAGUUGGAAAUGCAGAUUUUUUGCUGAGGAACACUAGAUCAGUAGAGACAUUUUUUGGCCCUGUAUGCAUUCUGACAUUGUUGAGCCAUCUUAAUAUUAAAGCUUCAUCGUACAGUGUCCUUCAGUUAUUAUUUGUGAAAAUGCAGUUUGUAUCAAGUCAUUUUGUUGCUUGCAAAUUUUACAGAAUUUAGUGUUCUACUUGUCUAGGUGUGUUGUAUUUGUUAAACUGCAGAAGAUUGAUCAGUGUUUUAUGACAUACACACUCAUAUCUUUGAUUGCAGUAAGCAUCAGGUAUAUGUAUUGAGAAUUUUGCAAAGAAUUUUAUGGUUUUAUGGGAAGCAUUGGGAGAAGGAUCUAUUUACUUGACAAAAUACCUUUCCAGAGAUUCCAACAGUUUAUAUGCAAAUGUUUUUUAUAUGAUCUGAAAUUGCAUCAACUUUCAGAACUCGUGUUUAAUGGGAGUAAAAUAUAUGGAUAUUAUGUUAUUGACCUGAGUAAUAAUCUUUUUGUUCUUAAGUUGUUUUAAAAAAAUAAAUAAAACUGUGUGUUUAUGUUUAUUCCAGUUUUGCGAAGAAUUGUGUAUGGCAUGCUUCGUAACAUGGUUAUUUUGUGGCUUUUUUUGGUCCAUGAAUAACAUCAAAUUGGUGUUCUACAGUUUUAAUACUGACUGUGACACACUUUUCAUAAACAGCGAGACAAUAUAAUGGAUAAUAAACAAGAACCGUCUUUUUUAAUCAUACAAUAUUUCUUUUUGUUAGACGUAUGUAUGUUUUAUUCAGAAAAGUGCUUCUUGUAUAACUAUUACAUUCAGAUUACUUACUCUUGGGGGUUUCUGAUCCACGCUAUAGAAUGCAACUGUGAAAGAAGUAAAGUUUGUUGUACUGGUAGAUUUUCAGUGUGUUUUAUUGUACCCACAUUAUUAUUAUUAUUAUUAUUAUUAUUAUUAUUAUUAUUGUUUUGACUGGUAGUUUGGGAUUGGGGAAAUUCAUGUUAUUUGUUGUGUAUUUUGUUAUGUAUUGUUUUUAAGUAUUUAGAAAAUAAUGCAUUUAGAAUAAUGAUAGUUUUCAUCAAGGUUUUAAAUUUAUUUGAGAUUGCUACUCUCAUGUUGAAUAUUUUUAUGUUGAUAUUCAUCAAAAUAUGAAAGUUACCGUGAAAAGUAAGAUAGAACAAUACUUGAUUUUUGUUUCUUUGACAACUCCUUCUCAAUUUCAUUGUGCUUGCUUACAAGACAAUCUACAAAAAAAGAAAAAUUAGGUACUGUAUAUUACAGCAUUUAUGAUAACUCCAUCAAAUAACAAUUAAGUCUUGUCCAAGCUCAGAUGUUAAAUGCAAUAAUAAAGUUUAAUAAUAGGAAUCUUUUCUGCACUUCGUUGGCAGACUCUACAUUUAAAAUAAUAAGGUUAUUGCUAGAAGUGGCCCACCAGGAAGAGCAAUUUUGAUUUUCCUGCAUUGUAAAUAGUGUAGAUGAAUUUAGAUAACUGGUAUGUAUGAUCAAAAAUGUGCCUUUUACCUUUCUGAAUUAAUGCAGUUAAAAUGUAGUGUGUGUUUUGCACAAGAUUUGCAGAUACUUGAUCUCAGUAUGUAAGAUAAACUGUUCUAAGCCCAAUGAUCUGUGCAUUUAAAUCUGUGUCUAUAGUGGUGGGCGAGAGAAAUUUAGUGUUCAGCACUUUAUUUUGGGUGAACUGCAUUUCAGUGAUGAACUGUAUCAGCAUUUCACAUCACUUAUUUGUACAGUAAAAGGUAUAGUAUUGUCACAUUAAAUUGGUCUGGAAAAAGAAGGCAAAACAAACUGAGGCAGGAUUUCUGCUAUGAUAUGGUUCCUAGUCACUCUUCGUGGUAUUUGUAUCUGUUUUGAUAGAUUUCUGGAGAAUCUAUGAUAACUGCAAUGUGAAUCAAUUAUGUUGAUUAUGGAAUAAUUUUUAGGGUUCAGGUCUGUGUUGUACUUCUUGAUUUGAGUUUUGCUCAGUUGUAAUCUCCUAAGAAACUGAAACAGCUUUCUUUUCUAAAGGGUAUGUAGAUGCAUACUACAUUUUCACAUACUUACUGUUGACUUUUUAUUUAAAAUAGAUUCAUAACUUUGUUGGACAUACAUAUCACAUGCUGUAAUGUAAAAAAGAAUUGUUUCAAGCCUAACCUUUAAAAAAAUUAUGUAGGUAUCGUUUGGAUGUGUGAUAUUCCAUGACUGGGACAUAAAAUUAUUUUUUUAAAGCCAGAAAAUUUUGAUAACAAACAUUUUGUAUUUAGCUUGCUGAGAUCAGCGAUUCUUGUUGCUCACAUUGAAUUAUGUCCACAUUUUUUUGCUAUCAUAUGUAUACAGACAAAUGAUAAACUUAAGAUGAGCCAUGUGAUAAUUUAAAGUUGCUUUGUUCUGGUUAUUUUUUCAGUUCUACUGAGUAACUGGGAUUACAUCAUUGACUCAAAAUAUUUCAGAAAGACAUGUAAUCCUUAGUUGGCUCUAUUGUCAAAGCCAUAUGGUAGAGGAAACCACAUACGCCAGACUCAUAUUAAGCAUAAUUUUGUAUACAUUUGUAAUAAAUUUGUAAUAGUGCUGAUUUUGUGUAUGUAUAUGUGUGUGUUAAUAUACAGACAUCCAUAUAACAUGUCUAAAAUUUUGUAAGAACAAAAAUAAGUUAAAAAUUACAUUAAAACUGUAAAAACUAA